AUGGCAAGAAGAAGAUUAAGAUUGGCAUAUAUCGUCAAUGAAUCCAAAAGAAAAACAUCCUAUCAAAAAAGAAAGAGAGGGCUGCUCAAGAAGAUUAAUGAGCUCACAAUUCUUUGUGAUGCUGUUGUUGCCAUGAUAAUGUAUAGCUCGUUUGAGCAGGGGCCUGUAAUAUGGCCGCCUACUGUUGAAAGGUUUGAGGAACUGAUUGUAAGGUUUUUGAACUUGCCGGACGAGCAACAAACUCGAAGGAUGAUGAACAAUGAAUCCUUAAAUAGGGGAAGGAUUGAAAAGUUGAGCACUCAACUUCUAAAUCUGAAGAAUAAGAAUAGGAAGAGGGAGAUGAAUGAAUUGAUGCAUCAGAUCCUUACCGGAGAGCAAUCAAUUGAUUCUUUGAAUUUCACAGACUUAAAUGACAUUGGUUGGGUUUUAAACACGAACUUGGCUGAUGUUGGUGUGAGGUUUAGGGAACUUGUAAGAGAUUCAUCCCCAACUCUGGCUCCUUUUCUCUCUGCAACUGCGUCACCUUCAGUUCUUUGGCCUGGGACAAGCAAUGUGGUUUCUCCAGCGGAUGUGUUUUCUGGGCAAAGCUAUCAAGGCAUGGUGGGUAUGCAAACUCCCAUGUCUCCCAAUCUUAAUCCUGGAAUGGCGUCGAAUUAUCAAAAUUGGAGUUUUAUGAAUAGCAGUGUUCAAAAUGACCCAACUCAGGGGGGACCCGGGCCUAGCACCUCCAAAAAUCCUUGA